CGCGUAGGCUGAGCAGAUACUCCUUUCACGUAUAUAUACCUUGAGAGAAAAGAGAGUGCAACACUCUCCAAAGCAACGCUCUUGAAGAAGGAUAAAGACUCAGUCGAAGAUGCACUCCACCGUCCUCAGCUUCCUGUUCGCCGUGAUCCUGGGCACGGCCAUCGCCCACCCAAGACCCGACGAAGCAGGCCGACCUGCAGGGGUAACCCCGAACCAGAGGUUCUUCCUCCCUCUCCCUAACCUGGCGGGCCUCUUCAGCGGACUCUUCAGGCCGUUCGGGUUAGGAGGCGGCUUAGGUGGUGGUGGCCUUUUCGGAGGUGGUAGUGGCCUUUUCGGAGGUGGUAGUGGUCUUUUUGGAGGUGGGUACCCCGGAGGAGGGGGAUACGGUGGGGGUGGGUACCCCGGAGGAGGGGAUACGGCGGGGGUGGGUACCCCGGAGGCGGUUAUGGAUACGGAGGGGGUCUCUUCGGUCGAUAGAGAUGGACCUCAUGAUGUCGCUCCGAUGGAAGAGAAAACCAUUCGCACUCAACGCCUGUUUCACCCGAAUCACUCAUUUGCGAAUCGAUGAUGCCAUCAUUCCGCUCAUAUAUAUAUUUAUGAAAACUUAUUUAUCUACAGUCGCGAUGUAUUAGUGCGUCAUUGCUUUAAUUUAUUCGCUUUCACGCCAGGCUCCAGUUUGUAGUUUCGACAGAGUAAUGUGGAUUCUUCAGGAGACUGUAAUAUAUUAAUGCGAAACCUGA